AUGAAUUUUGACAGUCCAAAGCACAUGUCAAUUACACGCAGCGAAAAAAUGUCAAACAUAUUAAAAGAGACCGUAAACUGCGCCGAAAUAAGGAAGCUGGAAAAAAUCUACUUCGAAAAACUGUACAAGAACACUCUGAAACCGAAGGACCAACUCGACUACGGCUGGGCCCUGAUGCGAAGCAAAUUCAUCAACGACAUACAAAAAGGCAUCAUCCUAAUCGAAGAACUGUACAAAACCGACAACGAGAACAAACGUGAGUACUUGUAUUACAUGGCCGUGGGCAAUGCGAAGCUGAAGAACUACUGCACCGCCGUCACCUACUUGAACACCUACUUGGCCAUGAAGCCGGAAUGUGCGAAGGUACAGAAGUUGAUGGAGGCCAUCAAGAGGGAGGUCAAAUUGGAUGAGCUGAAGAGCUGGUUUAUGGCUGUGGGUGUUGCCAUAACCGUAACCGCUCUUGUGGGCCUCGGAAUGAACCUAGCCAGCAGAAUUAGAUUUUAA